UAUUUAAUUUUCUCUAACUUCUAUAGUGAUGACUGGCGAAGUGGUACCUUCAAUUUUAAUUUAUAGUUUUAUUUAAAUUUUUUUUUCCUUGGGUGGGGAAAAGGGCAGAAAAUGCCAUACAAGUUAUUCUCUUGAUUCGAGGAGGAGAGUUGUGUUCUUCUUCCCAACAUUUUCAUGGAGUUUCAUUUCAUUGUUGAAAAAGGAGAGAGAUCAGAUUCAGAUCGAUUCUUAUCAUCAACACAAUUUUCUUCUCGAUUCAUCACAUCCAUAGCUGAUUCUGAUCUUCUCUCCCACUUCAACUUCAACUUCAACUACUCACUUUCUUUUCUUACUCAAUAUCAUGCCUCUUCCUCUUCUUCUUCUUCUUCUCUUUCUUUCUAGGUUUUUGAACUUCAACCUUUAAUUUCUUUUCCCUCCUUCUCUUGCAUCAGCUCACUUCAUGUUCCAGAUACGCCAGCAAGUUUGCUGAAGAGGAGUUUCUAAUGUCUUGUGGAAGCUAGGAAACAUUGUUAGGCAGAAAAGAGCUUGUUCACAUACCAUGUUCUGAAUUCAUCCAAUCACUUCGAUUCCUAGUGCUCGUCUUCCAGAUCGUAAAGCAUCUCACCAUGCUUAAGCAAAUACUGAGCAAACUUCCUAAGAAGUUGCAGAAGUCGGAGACGGUGGAUUCUGCAACAAAUGAAUCUGGCAACAAUACUUCUCGUCUGGGACAUGUAUUCCAGUGUACAAAUGUAGGGAGUGCCUUCUCGAGUAAAUUAAAUGUUGUGAAACGUGUUUCUUCAGCAGUUUUCCCUGCAAGUAUUGCAGCAGAAGCAGUGGAUCCCCAUUUGUCAUUUAAAGAUGUUCCGAAUCCGCAGAAGCAGAACUUGUUUGUCAGUAAAUUGAAUUAUUGCUGUGAGGUUUUUGAUUUGAAUGAUAUGGAGAAGCAGGAUCUUAAACGUCAAAUGUUGAUAGAUGUUGUUGAUUUUGUCACAUCUGGAUCUGCAAAGUUCACUGAGACAGCAAUUUCAUCAGUAUGUAAGUUGUGUGCUGCUAAUCUUUUUCGCGUGUUCCCACCCAAAUCUCGUUCAACUUCAACUGGUGGAGAAACAGAGGAUGAAGAACCAAUAUUUGACCCAGCUUGGUCACAUUUGCAAAAUGUAUAUGAUCUACUGCUUCAUUUUGUCAGUAGCAAUUCCCUAGAUGCAAAAGUGGCCAAAAAGUAUCUUGAUCAUUCUUUCAUCCUGAGAUUGCUCGACCUCUUUGAUUCCGAUGACCCAAGAGAAAGAGAUUGCUUGAAAACGAUCCUUCACCGUGUCUACGGAAAGUUCAUGAUACACAGGCCUUUCAUCAGGAAGGCUAUUAGCAAUGUCAUGUAUCGUUUUGUUUUCGAGACGGAGCGGCAUAAUGGAAUUGCAGAGCUGUUGGAAAUUUUUGGUAGUGUGAUUACCGGGUUUGCAUUGCCAUUGAAGGAGGAACACAAGACAUUUUUAUGGAGAGUGCUAAUUCCUCUUCACAAACCAAAAUCAGUCGGAAUUUAUCAUCAGCAGUUAACGUAUUGUAUUGUACAGUUUAUAGAUAAGGAUCCUAAGUUGGCCAGUACAGUUAUAAAGGGACUUUUAAGAUAUUGGCCUUUAACAAAUAGCCAGAAAGAGCUGAUGUUUUUAAGUGAAACAGAAGAGAUUUUGGAAAUGAUCAGCAUGGUUGAGUUCCAGAAGAUCAUGGUCCCUCUCUUUCGGCGAAUCGGAUAUUGCUUGAAUAGCUCUCAUUACCAGGUGGCAGAGAAAGCUCACUUGCUUUGGAACAAUGAACACAUCAUCAAUCUUAUCGGUCACAACCGGCAAGCAAUCAUACCUAUUAUCAUCCCAGCUCUUGAACGAAAUACACAAAAGCAUUGGAACAAUGCCGUACUAAAUCUAACUUUAAAUGUGAAGAAGUUGGUUCACGAGAUGGACGAGGAACUCGUGCUUGCUUGCCAGGUUGACUUGAAGGAGGAACAGUCAAGGUCAGUUGCAGCGGCAGAGAAGAGGAGAUUGACAUGGGAGCGGCUCGAGAAUGCUGCAAGACCACAGCCUAUAUCUCCUAACAUCUCAUUUCUGGUAGAACCAGCAACAUGUGCAGUUGCUGGCUAGCCACUUAGAAUUGGAAGAUCUGAGCCAACAAAACAAGUACACCGGAUCAUCUAGUUUCUUUGAUUCGACUGCGAAAAAAGCGUCACAUCCGUCUCAUCGAGAUGCGACAAACAAGUUAGAGACGAUGGAUAUGAUCAGGUCCUGAUGAAACUUUCUGUACAGGUGUGUGGGUAAAAAGCAGCAGCAGCCUAUUUGGUUGUUAUUGCCAUAAAUUUGAGGAAAUCUGUAUCCUUUAUUAAACAGUGUGUUUCUUCACUGUUUUUUUUCUUUUUCUUUUUUCCAUCUCAUUCGUGAUGGGAUUAUGUGCUUUUGAGUUCCCUUGGCACUGGCAGCGUAUCGAUGAAGCCUUCAGCUUUGAGCUUGUUUGUUCUUCUGAAAAUUCAAUGUCUUUCUUCUCUUGAAUUCCAAACAGGAUGGUGAUUGGUGAAUCCUCAUUUCUUUGAGAUGGUGAUGGAGCCGGAGAAUGCAUUUUCUGUCCUUUGCCUUUUAACCCUGUUUUUGGAUCUCCAAAAUUAUAUAAUAAAAUGUAAAUUUUGCUCUCUA